UCCGGGUCCGGACGCUUUCACUUGCUUGCUCCGUACUUACUUCACUCACUCGCAGGGAGGUUUCCCGGCCGGCCGCUGCCGCAUCUGCUCCCUGCGUACCAGGAGUUCUCCCUAGGUGCUCACGGCCCCGCUCCCACCGGGCUGCGCUAGACGCUGCUGCGCCCGACGGCUUCAUGGGAGUUCCCCCGGUCCCGGGGGCCAGCGGCCAGCGCUGGGGGCCUGUGUUCUUCGCUCUCUUCUUGACUGCCUCCCGAGGUCUGGUGGCAGCUUUCAAGGUCGCCACGCCAUAUUCCUUGUAUGUGUGUCCUGAGGGGCAGAACGUCACCCUCACCUGCAGAAUCUUGGGCCCUGUGGCCAAAGGGCACGACGUGACCUUCUACAAGACAUGGUACCGCAGCUCACGGGGCGAGGUUCAGGCCUGCUCGGAUCGCCGGCCCAUCCGCAAUGUCACGUUCCAGGACCUCCACCUGCACCAUGGUAGCCACCAGGCCGCCAAUUCCAGCCAGGAUCUGGCCCGGCACCACGGGUUGGAGUCAGUCUCUGACCACCAUGGCAAUUUCUCCAUCACUAUGUUCAACCUGACCACCAUGGACAAUGGCCUGUACUGCUGCCUCGUGGUGGAGCUCAGGCACCACCACUCGGAGCAGAGGGUACACGGAGACAUGGAGCUGCAGGUGCAGAAAGGCAGUGAAGCGCCAUCCAAGUGCAUUGCGUACCCACCUUCCCGCAGGGAGAGUGAAAACAUCACGGCUGCCGCCCUGGCUACCGGCGCCUGCAUUGUGGGCAUCCUCUGCCUUCCCCUCAUCCUGCUCCUGGUCUAUAAGCAAAGGCAGGUGGCCUCCAACCGCCGUGCCCAGGAGCUGGUGCGGAUGGACAGCAGCAAUGCUCAAGGAAUUGAAAACCCUGGCUUUGAGGCCUCUCUGCCCACCCCGGGGAUGCCGGAGGCCAAGCCGAGGCCCCCCUUGUCCUACGUGGCCCAGCGGCAGCCUUCUGAGUCUGGACGGCACCUGCUUUCCGAGCCCAGCACUCCUCUGUCUCCACCAGGCCCUGGGGAUGUCUUCUUUCCAUCCCUAGACCCUGUCCCUGACUCUCCAAACUCUGAGGCCGUCUAGAGCAGCUGGGGGCCAGUGGGCAGCUGCGGCUGGGCCUGGGGCAGGUGCGCUUGAGCCAGGCUGGUACCCUGAGUGGUCCCUUGGUCUCAGCUCUGGCUUCCUCCCUCCCACUCUGAGCCCAGACUCUUUCAGAUACCCCUGAUGGCCAGACUCUCAGCCUCUCUGGAUGCCACAUGGCAGACGGGAGAAGAUGUUGGAUCACUCAGCCUGUCUCAAGGAUGGUGGCGUGCUGGGAUCCCACCCCAGAGACCUGAAAUUCAUCAGCUACAGAUGCCAAAUGACCUACAUCCUAGAAACCCCAGAAUUUCCAGCUCUGUGGCAGCCUCUCUGCCUAGGACAUGAGCCCUGGGAGUUGACAGCAUAGAUGGGACAAGAUGGGCACUGAGCAGAGCCCCCAGUGCCACCCUCCCAGGAAGGAGACGCAGGACUCGAUGUGGAAAGAGUGUUCCCCACUGUGGUGGACUGGCUUCCCCAUCUUACAUGAGGCUGCUCAUCUGCCAACUCACUCUUUGUAAGUGUGGGGCUCUGGGACUGGGCCUGCCUGCCCCCAGGCAUAGGAGCCUUCCCCAGCGGCCUCCUACCAGCAACCUCUCCUAGGAGCUGUCAACAGGUGAAGCCAAUCUGGGGCUCCCAGUGCCUGCACUCUGGCCCCCAGAAAUCACUGGCGAGAGGCCCCCAAACAGGAAGUACACAUUGGGACACUGUGGCCACGGUGAGCCAACUGGCAUCUUGAGCAAUGGAGGCCAGGCCAGAGGUUGCACUGCCCACCACAGACAGGGGUGAGGGCGAGCCCGGGGGCCUGCUGGGAAGGGGUGUGGCGAGGGCUCCGUUUCCGCUGCCUUCCCCAUCGCCCUCUCCCACUUCUCAGCAUGGUCCAUAGAGCGGGUGACCACACAAUGUAUUGUCCAAACUGUGACACUUUUGAGCGUGAAGAGGGGGGUGCUAUUAAAAACUACGUGGGCAACAGGUGGAAGCCCUGUGGACGGAUUGUAAGAGCUGGGUUUAAAUUCCUACUCUGCUUCUCCCCUCCCUUGGUCUUCUGUCCCAUUCAGUCUGCCGAGUCUUCACUGCAGAGUGACCCUGUCAGGUGGCAGAGCAGGACAUGUCCACAGAAGGGUUUGUGUCCCCUCUGCUCUGCACCCUCUGUUCCCAUCUCCCUCUUCACGGUGUGAUCCAGGUUUGUUUAUAUACACAUAUACAAGGGGGAGUCCUUCGUGGAAUUUUCGUUAAAGGGCUUUAAAGCAUGAAGAGAAGUGGGGCGGUCUCUGUGCUCUCUGGGGUGGAAACAGGGUUGGUUGGGCCUAAGAGGAGCAGGGGAGGGUCUGAGCUGGGCAGAAGCCCGGGACACUGACUAUGGAGGGUAUAGUUUCAACUGGGCAUUCAUCUGCCAGCGGCCUGCACUGGCUCUGCUGAGCCGGGCCUGCGUGCUGAGAGCCAGGUGUUCAGGCCAGGAUAAGGGCCCCGCAGGUAGAGGGAAGCCCACCAGAUCGAUCACCUGGCAGAGAGAUGGGACUGGAGGCUGGAAGAAAGGAGCAGCUCUAGGUUGUCCAGCUGCCGUGAGCCCCACACCUGCGGCUGGAACCAAGGAGCCCACUGGAUGCAUGGCCUUGCUUCCAAAGCUCCCUUGUCAGGCCCAGGGGUGUGGGCCAGUGUGGGUGUCCUGCUGUGCCUGGAGGUCUUGAGGAGAGGGCAAGCAUGGACCUUGAGACGGCACCAACAUCACCAGUGACCAGAACACCAAAGCCCCUGCUCCUGCUUUGUCCCCGGGGGUCCCCUCUUCUAUUCCAUCUGCUGCCAUGAACACUUAGUGCCAGUUGCCACAGGAAGAGGGUGCCGUUUUCACAGCCUGUGGGGGCCCAUGGGGCAGGGAUGAGUCAGGCGACACCUGCUUGAGGCAGGGCCAGGCUACCUCGAGAGUUAGACAAGCCCACAGAGCAGCCUCCCUGUCUCCUAGCUCAGAAAGAGUGCUCCUGCCCUACAGGGGGGCUGGUCUAGCCCCGCACGCAGCUUCUGACCUCGAGGCAGAGACAACUUCUAAGAGCUUGGCAGCCAGACCCCCGUCGGCGGCUGCGUGGAGGGGGGAAGAGGCCCCGGAGCAGAACGCCACCACACUUCCUCCCCAGCUUCCUCCUGCAUGGUCUCUUCUUUGGACCCUUGCAAGUUAAUGCAGCGCAGCUUCGUGGUUUCCUGUUUUCAGUGAAAUUUACUCUGAGUCCCAGGCUCCAUUUUCAUCCAUGACCACACACCCCGCCCCCAGCAGCCCUAAAGGCUCCCUCCCUGCUCUGCAUGGGAGGGCGGGCACUAAAACAGCCCUGUGCUCACCCCUGGGGCAGUGGUGCUUCUGCAGAUGACCGCUCUGGUGGCUGGUCCCUAGGGCCCUGGCUCAGCACCUGUAGGCUGGGAUGCAUGGAACAGAAUAGGGGAGUGGGAACAUGGUGUCUGCCUCCAAAGGGCCUCCAGGAAGUCAGCUGCUGGUCACGGUGGGAUUGAGGCAGGAGGCUCAUGAACCACAACGCUGUCUAAGGCCCCGGGAAGGAAACCUGGGCUUUUGGGCACUAAGUCAUUGUUCAGAGAUGUAUCAGGAAUUAUGGGGCCUGUAACUUAUCUCCCAACGUUCACAUUUAAUAAUGACUCCUGCCUCUAUCCCCUCCAAAGGAAUGGAAUUGACACUCCUUGAAAAUAUGCCAUAGAGGCCACUGGAGAUGCUGCUGUUGGGUCAGGCUGGCCCUGCCAGGGGGUCUGUGGUGAUGGACACUGGGGUAAGCGUGUAAGAACAACAGGGCCUGCUUCUCAAAAGACCAGCCCUGGGGCUGCCCUCUCUCCUGCCUGGCCUGGGCUCCCUCCUACACACAGUAGUCUGGGGCAGGGGGACUGAGGCAUUGCCUUCUUUAGGGAGUGGUCUGUGGUGGGAGGACUCAGGAGGACACUGGGGGGCUGGGGGCUGCAGAGGCCUCACCCUCUACCCCCAUUGGGCACUGUGGCUUCUUCCUUGUGGAAGAGGCCUUCCUAGAGCACUGCAAGGCUGGGCCUGACUGUGCUGGGGCCCGGCGAAGAUUUGCUCAGGGAACCUAAAGGGAACAGCAAUAGGCAGAAAGAGGAACUGGGGUUGCCAGCCAGAAUGCUGGGUGCAAAGGCCCCUUGAGAAGCAGACACUCACAGCCCAGCUGAGAGUCGGUCCUCACCCACAGAGGGCAUUAACUGUCUAGCUCCUUCACUGUACCUGCUUUGCAUUGUUGCUUGCCUUUCCUGCACGGGUGCUGGGGGUUAGGGUUAGGGUUAGGGUAUGAGUUCCAGGAGGGUGGGGAUCUAAUAAUAGCUUGCCCUUUGAACUUGGUUGCAGAACUGAUAACUGAAGCAUAGCCACUGGGUGAUGGGCUGAACCCAGAUGCCAGAAUUCUGUUUGCUGGACCACUCACAACUGGUAGAGCGGCCCCUGACUUUCCACCAGCUCCAGUUUCCCAGCAGCUUUGUCUGGGCCUGGUGGGAUCUCAUCCACAGCAAUAAUUUCCCUGAGCUUGUGCAGGCCUGGGGAAAGAGGUUUCCUUUUGUUUCGCAGCUCUGAUCUAUUGGCAUGGCUUCCUGGAAUACAUGUUGAGAGGGAUUCUGAAGUCUCGAUACAGCUUAAUGAUAAAGUGCUGACAUUGGCUAGCAAUGUCUACCUUGGGCACAGGACAGAGAAGUGGCAGUAUGGGUGCCAUAUGUUUCCCUUCUCUGUUUUAACACCCUGUGCUUUCCAAAACACUUUCACAUGUGUUUACUUGUUUGACUUCCCCCUCCCCGACUGGAAAACCCUGGGAGGCCUUAUUGUCUCCAUUUAAUGCACUGGGAAACAGGUUUCAAAAGGUUUGUGUCUUUUGAAAGAGGAACUGGGACUAAAGCCUGGGUCUCCUGCUUCCCAGGCAUAGCUCCUUCCUCUUUGUUGAACCGAAUGGCAUUACAGGCCAGAACUUGGACUUGUUUACAGUAUAUAUACCAGGGUCUGGGGAGAUGAACCUGUGCCCACAUGCCCAUGGUUCCACUCCUUCCACGUUAGUUCUUGCCACUUCCCUUUUCUGCCUGGCAACCCUGAAGUCACAGGACUCCUGGUCUGUGUGGUGGCCCACGCACCCCAUUUGCUGCAGCAGGGGAUGGGGAAGGGGGAAACUCUCAGUUAACUGCAGAGCCCCAGGGUCCCUUGAAGAAGCUGAGCCAGUGGCAUGUGUGGCAUCUGAGCAGCUGCAUAGCAUUCCUCAAGGAGCAAGGCUAAGGGAAGGGUCUGCAUUUAAUUGUGCUGGGCCAGGGAAGGCUGGCAUGCUUGAUGAGCAGCAUAGGGAAGGGGCCAGGCUGGGGUUUCCGGAGCUUGAGCCAAGGGAAGCAGGCUUCCCAACAGCAGCGGGGUCCAAGUUUAAUAAACAGAAGAGCCCUAGGCCCUAAAGAUAUGAGGUGAGUUGUCAAGAGCAGUGUCCCCAGCUCACAGACUUUCAUAGGGUUGUUGCUGGCAAUUCUUGUAUGAGAAGUAGGUAGAUUUUCUGUCCUUCUGCCUAGACAGGUGACUUCUGCGGGUCCCCAUGAGCCUGAGAAGCCAGGGCUGGUUAUUUGGGAUUGUCUAACCUGAUGGCUGUGAUUUGUGUGGCAGAAAGGCCCGGCCAGGCCCUCCCUCUCCCCAUCCCCCUGCCAAGGUGCCUCUGUGGCUGGGGCUGAGCUUCUGACCUCCCAAUUGCCUUCCGUCCUUCCUCCUGCCCAGCCCUUCCUCUUGCAAGGGCCUCCCUGGCGGCCACUUAGAUCCCUCCCCCAAGCCUGGCCUCCCUUCCUGUGGCCUGCAGCUAGCCAGAUGGCUGAGGCUGUACAGUGACUUCCCCUGGCCGGGUGGCACACCAUUGUAUGACAGGCCUGGGCUGUCCUGGGUGCCCCUUGCAGCACAGCUGGUCCAGCCUCUGGGUGAUACGGGCCUGAGAGCUAGGUGGGGAUGGCCUAGGUUGUCUGCAGGAAUGUCUGGCUCUCAGGGAACUUGGAGGGGGCGUGGAGGGGAAGUGAGGCUCCAGGGAGAAAUGAAGAGUUGCAAGGGCUCAGAUACAAUAUUUCUCAUGGUUUUGGGGAGGUUCUUGGUAGCCUAAUCCCAGGCCCCUUACUUAGAGAGCCUCAUCCUUUAAGACGUGGAUGCAAAUGAUGCCUUGUCCACAAAACCUCCCCUGGCUCCUGGUUCUGUGCUCCUAGCACUCCAGCACAUCACAGAGUGUCAGCUCUCUGUUACAUAUCCAUUUCCCCCACUAGACUGUAGGCUCCUUAAGGGCAGAACUGUGUCAAACUCAUCUCUGAUUCUUAGCCUCUAUCUAGCACAGGCCUGGCAUACAGUUAGCACUGAAUGAAUGAAUGAGUGAAUGAAUGAGUGACUUAAUGAGGGCUGGCUUGAACCAGGCAGAUAAUUGCAGGUGGGUGUGUAGGUCUGCUGGGCAUCUCUGGACAGAUAUGUUCAGGGUGGCACCCACCCUCCUCACCAACAUUGGACCAUGGCGACCUUUCCUGGAACCUCAGGAUGGCUGGUCUGAUGCUGCUCAGGGCUCCGGCUGGUCCAGGAGGGGCUGGCAUGAUCCUGCUUCCUUGAAUACUCAUCCAGUGAAAUCUGCCCAAUAGCAGACGAGGGCCCUCCUCUGGUCACCUCUGGGUGGGCCCUCAGUUUGUGCUUAGGGGCACUCAUGAACUUAGGGGUGGUUCACUGUCCAGAGGUGACAGUCUGGUCAGCGGAAGCAAAUAUUCAAGGGUCCAGUGCUCCUUGAGGGCAAAUGCCAAUCUUGACCGGGCACUGGUUCAGGGCCCUAGCUUGCCAGCUCUGCCCCAUCCCCACCCUGGCUUGGCAGGGCCAGGAGGGAGUGGAGAAAGUGCUUGAGCAAGUAGUGGGACCGGCCCUUGGUGCAUGCCCCAUACAGAAUAUCAAGGGGAGGAUACGGAGAGAAAGAGCCCUGCUCUCGGCGCUGAAUGAUGCCACGGGCCUGAACUACCUGAGGCUCCCCAAAUCCACCCCUGAUUAGCGCUUGUUCUUAGCCCUUUGUUCAGGCUGAUCCCCAGGGCCAGAACAUGAUUCCCCCCCUUUACUGUGUUAACUAUGACUGAGUGACAAGACAGCCCAGGUGUCACCUCCUUCAGGAAGCCUUCGCGAAACCCUUCUCAGCGCUCCUCAGUGCCCCAUCUGCACCUUGGCCCCCACACAUAGAUGUCCCCAUUGCCUCCCUUACUCAGCUGUAUUUCCCUGUGGCAGGGACCAUGUUGCCUUCAUCUCUGUAUCUCUGGUGCCUGGCACAUAGUGGGCAUUCAGGGAACAUUGGCUGAAUGAAUGAAUAAAUAAAUGAUGAAUGAAUAAACUA